AUGGCCGCCCCCUCCUGCUCCUCCUCGUCCUUCCUGCUCCUCUGCCUGCUGGCGGCGCUGCUGGGCGCUGCUGCAACCCAGGGGGAGUGGCGCAAAGGACGUGCCACCUUCUAUGGCAUCGACGGCUGGAGCAUCCACAAGGGCGCGUGCGGCUUUGGCUACCAGUACAAGAACCUGGGCACCGGCUGGGACGUGGCCGCCGUGGCGGAUGCCAGCCCCGAGUUUGCCGGGUCGUGCGGGCGGUGCUACGAGGUGCGCUGCGAGGCGCGCUCCACCGUGACCGACGGCUACGGCAACAACUUUGACCGAUCUGGCGUGUGCAAGGCGGGCUCCGCCUCGGUGGUGGUGCGCACCGUGGACAGCUGCCCCUGCAACUACCCCGGCAACGCCUACAGCAACAAGCGGUGGUGCUGCCACGACAACUCCGCCACCCAGGGCACCCACUUCGACCUGUCCAUCUGGGCCUUUGAGAAGCUUGCCGACGUGAAGCAGGGCAUGGCUGCCAUCCAGUACCGGCGCGUGCCCUGCGGCCACAACCCCUCCAACCCCGCCCUCGACGGCCCCACCAAGAUGCCGUCCUACGAGUCCCCCUCCACCCUGGGCUACCCCGGCACCCCCUACGCCCCCGACAGCCUGGACCAGGUGUACGAGCAGAAGCUGGUGCAGCGCUUUGACGGCCCCGGCAAGAAGCAGGGCGCCGUCACGCCCGUGAAGGGGUGGAAGCCAGGCAAUGGCCAGUCCACCGUCACCCUGGAGCAAGUUCUGGACCAGCACGAUGGCGGCUCCUCAGCUGAUGCCUCCUCCUCUUCCUCCGCUGAUGCCUCCGCCUCUUCCUCUUCGAGCAGCAGCGACAGCAACAGCGACAACGGCUGCACCGACACGGCGCCCAAGGGCAGCACCUGCCAGGAGCAGAAGGACAACAAGCAGUGCUCCCAGCCCUGGCUGCUGUCCGGCAACUACUGCCGCGCCACCUGCGGCCGCUGCAAGCUGGCCGGCCAGCAGAACAGCGGCGACGGCAGCAAGGACAAGGAAGGCGGCAGCGACGGCUCCAGCAGCAGCAGCGACGAUGGCCAAUCAGAUAGCUCCUCUUCCUCCUCCUCCUCCUCCUUCUCCUCCUCCUCCUCCUCCUCCUCCUCCUCUUCCGGCGCCUGCUCCGACGUCACGCCGCCUGGCGAGGCGGGCUGCCAGCAGCAGAAGGAGUGGGGCAAGUGCGGCGACGCGUACAUGCAGAAGGGCAACUACUGCGCCAGGAGCUGCGGGCGCUGCGGCCAGCAGGGGCAGAAGGUGCAGGCGUACGCCGAGGCCAAGGGCGGCGGCGGCUGA